ACAAUCUAAAUAAUCAAAUCAAACUAUCUAGAGACAUCCAUGGGGAAAGAAAGAAACAUUGGCAUAGCCAUGGAUUACUCAUCAAACAGCAAAGUUGCUCUAAAAUGGGCAAUUGACAAUCUUAUUGAAUCAAAUUCUGGGGAUAUUCUAAUCAUCAUUCAUGUUCUUUCUCCAAAAUCUGAUCAAACCACAAAUAAACAGCUUUUUGAAGACACUGGAUCUCCUUUGAUCCCUUUAGAGGAAUUUAAAGAUAUUAAUGUGACAAAGCAAUAUGGGUUGAUCCAAGAUCCAGAAGUUGUUAAUAUUCUAGAUAUGGCCUCAAAGACUAAUGGGACAAAAGUGCUGAUUAAGGUUUAUUGGGGAGAUCCAAGAGAGAAGAUUUGUGGUGCUGUUGAUGAUCUCAAACUUAAUUCUCUUGUUCUUGGAAGUAGAGGUUUGGGUGCUAUUAAAAGGGUAUUGCUUGGGAGUGUAAGCAAUUAUGUGGUGCAAAAUGCAACAUGUCCUGUUACUGUGGUGAAAGGGAAGUGAUAAUCAUUUGAAAGUUUAUUUUGUCAUUGUAUGUAUGGGAUUAAUUAAUUAAAGCUUAAUUACCAGAUUAAGUCUUUAAUCACAAGUGUGUUAUUAUUAUUUUUGAUUUGUGUGGUGGAUUAAUCACCUAGAGUGUAUGCAAUUUGUAAUUGAAUCUAUUGUGUGUUUGAGACAUUUUGGAUAUAUGACAGUAGUAGACGCAUGGCUUAAUUGU